AUGUUUGACGCUUUUCAUGCAAACCAGAAGUUGGAGAUUACGGUUCAGGUAACGGAUUCCUUCCAUUACAGAGACACUCCUCCAGACUCUUCCUCUUCAGAAGGCGGUUCCUUAUCUCGCUAUGAUGAGCGACGAGUCUCCCUUCCUCUCUCUCACAAUGCAGCCUCGCCGGAUAUAGUGUCCCAGCUAUGCUUCUCAACCGCUAUGAGCUCGGACUCCAACCACAGGUGGAAGUCACAGCGCCUUAAGGUUGCUGAUUCUCCCUACAACUACAUCCUGACUCUUCCCUCUAAGGGUAUCCGUGGGGCUUUCAUUGACUCGUUGAAUGUCUGGCUUGAUGUCCCGGAUAGUAAGACCUCGGUGAUCAAAGAGGUGAUUGGCAUGCUCCAUAACUCGUCCCUUAUAAUCGAUGAUUUUCAAGACAACUCCCCACUUCGGCGGGGCAAGCCAUCUACACAUACUGUAUUCGGUCCAGCCCAAGCAAUCAACACAGCAACGUAUGUCAUCGUCAAGGCUAUCGAGAAAAUACAGGAGAUCGUCAGUCAAGAUGCUUUGGCAGAUGUGACCGGUACCAUAACCACGAUCUUCCAGGGUCAGGCAAUGGACCUGUGGUGGACUGCUAAUACCAUUGUUCCGUCUAUCCAAGAAUAUCUUCUGAUGGUCAAUGACAAGACUGGUGCCCUGUUCAGGUUAUCCCUUGAACUACUAGCGCUGAACUCUGAAGCGUCUAUCAGUGACAGCACACUUGAGUCUCUCAGUAGCGUUGUUUCACUGCUCGGGCAGUAUUUCCAGAUCAGAGAUGAUUACAUGAAUCUCAUUGACAACAAGUAUACUGAUCAGAAAGGAUUCUGUGAGGACCUGGAUGAGGGGAAAUACUCGUUGACUCUGAUGCACGCUCUGCAAAGUGACUCUAGUGGUCUUCUCACAAACAUCUUAUCGAUGAGGCGAAUCCAGGGAAAGCUUACGGCACAGCAAAAGAUGCUGGUGUUGGAAGUGAUGAAAGUUAACGGUAGCUUAGACUGGACGAGUGCACUGCUUGGCAUGCUGCACACAAGAGUUCUAGCCGAGAUUGGAAGCCUGGAAGUUGGCAUGAAUAGGGACAACCCUGUACUGAAGGCCCUGGUGGAGCGUCUGAAGCUGGAAACUUAG